GUGGUCACAGUGAACCUGAGUCGGUGACAGUGAGCUUUAGCGGACCUGUCACCGCUAAAGUGACAGGGACUAGUGAGCGACUGUCGGCGAGGGUGAGCGUACUUACCAGGUACGAAUGUGCGUGAGUGCGGGUGGGUACGAGUGAAAGUGAGUGAGUGUAUGUGUUGGCGCGAGCAGGACCCUGAGCGAGUGCCGAUGAGCGUGAAUAGCCGAUGAGUGUGAGUAGCCGAUGAGUGUGAGUAGCCAUUGAGCGUGAAUAAAGCACGGACAAAUAUGGGCGAGUGAGUGUCCGCUUAUUCUCCCUAUGCCUAUACAAAUUUCACAGAGAUCGCCAGCGCUCGGCGAGGCCUACACGCGUCCGCGGAGCAGGCGGGCCCCGUACAGAAACCCGGCACAGCUGCGCAUACAGCUCCCGAGCGGCGUGCUGUGCGGCAACAGAAGUCGACGUCCGGUCGUUACAGAUGCGGGAUUUCAGGAACGGUUCUGAUCGAGGGUUUUCGGUGUCGGGCGCGCGCCCUGUACGCUGAUCCAGCAGCCCUCGCCUCGCCGUUAUCGUGUGCCAGAGAUGGGCGGGUCCCUGCGGCAGCUGUACAUCAUCCUCUGGAAGGAUGUGUACGUGAAGCAGCUGAAGCGUCAUGUGGUGUGGACCCUGCUCGAGCUGGCGUUCACCGCCGUCGCCAUGUACGGCAUCGGCAAGGACGGUCUCGAGCUGAGCUUCGGUAACCCCGUGCUGGAGGAGGUGUUUCCGCGCGAACAGCCGCUCCAGCUGUGGAACCUCUCCGUCGCCAGGAUACUCUACACGCCGGACGUGCCGCUGCUCGCCGAGGUCAUUCAGAAGGUCCGCGACGACCUGUCCAUAACGGUCGCCGAACCGGUGGCCUCGGACGACGACCUUGACGAUCUGGUGGAGAGCGGCUUCGACUACGGCUCCGUGGUUGGCGUUGCCUUUGAGAACGACCUGAGUGACCUGAACAACCUGCCGGGCGAACUGCGCUACCGCGUCCGCGCACCCGGCCCCAGGUUCGACGUGCGCGUGCGUUACUGGAAAAUGCUGGAGGUUCCGGGCCCGCUGGACCUGGCCGCGACGGGCGAGAUGCGCUCCCUGCUGCCCCUGCAGUACUCGCUGGAGCGCCACCUGCUGCAACAGAUCUGGGAGGCCAAGUUCGGCGAGCCCCCCGCGUCGGCCCAGCUGCAGAUGCAGCGGUUCCCGUACCCGGCCUACUACCCCGAGAACUUCAACACCACCUACAGCCGGCUGGUGUUCCGCUUUGGCGUCGGCUUCCUGCUGCCCUUCGCGUCGGUCGUCGCCAAGAUCACUGACGAGAAGUGCUCCGGAAUGCGGGAGCUGCUCAGCAUCGCCGGCACGAGCGAGCUCGUCUACUGGGGCAGCCACUUCCUGAGCUCGUCGUUCAGCGCGCUGCUGCUCAGCUGCGUGUGCAUGCUGUUCCUGUACGUGUUCGGCUCGGACCCGGUGCUCGGCUACUCGGACCCCCUGCUCGUGCUCGUCGUGCUGGUCAACUUCAACAGCCUCGCCAUACUGCACGCCAUGUUCAUCUCCGUCCUGCUCACCAGCAGCCGGCUGUCCAUCAUCUUCUCGAUGAUGUACUGGAUCUGCAGCAUUGCCUUCCCGUACCUGAUGCUGCAGAACCCGCUGGGCCGAGGAUACUACCUGCGCAGCCGAGCCUCCAAAAUCAUCACGUCCGUGUCGCCCGGCAUGGGACUCCACUGGGCGUUCAUGGUCAUCGAGCGCUUCGAGCGAUUCCGUGGCGGCGUGCACUGGGGUAACAUGCGCGAAUAUGAUUCGACGCUGGACAACGUGAGCCUGUCGGAGCUGCUCGUGGUGAACGUGUGUACCUGCUUCCUGAUGGUGUUCCUCAUCUGGUACGCGGACAACAUCAUUCCCUGGGGACCGGGCAUCCACAAGCCGCCCUGGUUCCCGUUCCUGAGAAGCUAUUGGCUGCCACAACCAGCGAGGAAUGUGAGAAUCCGGCAGAGCGUGGACCCCACCCUUUUCGAGUCGGAUCCACAAGAUCUCAAUCCGGCCAUACAAGUCAUCAGCCUCAAGAAGUUCUACCGGAACUUCCUCUUACAACGCAUCAACCUGAAAAUUUACCGGCACCAGAUCACCGUGCUCACCGGACCAGCCGGUUCUGGCAAAUCGACGAUGAUCAAGAUGAUUACAGGGUUGGUGCCUCCAUCUAGCGGCCAGAUAAUCGUGGACAACUACGACGUGGUGCUGCACACCGAGGAGGCCCGCGAGCGCAUCGCCUACUGCCCGGCCGACAACGUGCUCUUCGACGAGCUCACCGUCGAGGAGCACCUCAUCUUCUUCGCCAUGCUGAAGGGACUGUCCGCGAGCAGGAUCCGGGUCGAGAUCAACCUGCUGCUUACCGACAUCCAGAUGUCGGCCUACAUGAGCUACCGGCCCUCCACCAUGUCGGACGGAAUGAAACGUCUGCUAUGCGUCGCUAUAACUCUCCUGGUUGCGUCCAAGAGCAAGAUCAUGGUCUUCGACGAGCCGACGGCCACCAUGGACCCGCACAGCCAGCGCGAGGUGUGGGAGCUGCUGCUCAAGGCCCGUCGCCACUGCUGCAUCCUGCUGACCACGCAGAACCUGCGCGAGGCCGACGUGCUGGGCGACAAGGUGGGCAUCAUGAACAAGGGCCUGCUCUGGUGCAGCGGCUCGCCGGGCUUCCUGCGCGAGCGCUUCCGCGCCGGCUACAACAUCCGCAUCGCCAAGGAACCCGGCUGCGACACCGCGGCCGUCGAGGCCGUCCUGCGCCGCCACAUCCCGCACGCGGCCGUCAAGAACGACUCGAACACCGAGGCCGAGUUCGCGAUGGGCGCCAACCCGGGCAACCGGCGCCUCACGGCCAUGUUCAAGGAGCUGGACCGCGAGCGGCGCAACCUCAAGAUCGGCGCCAUGAGCGUCGCCAUGUCAUCGCUCGACGAGGUCCUCGACAAGGUGAUCCACGACCCGACCUUCCAGUCGGGCAUCGAGACGGGCACUCCCGUGCACACCGAUGACGAGCCGAUUUACAGGGCGACCAAAGAACCGGGCAGCAGGACCUGUGCGCGGCAGCUGGCGUGGCUGCUCAAGAAGCGGUUCUACAUCUGGCUGCGGGACUGGAACCCGCCCGUUGUCCGCUGGGUGGUUCCGGUGUGCGUGCUGCUGCUGGCGACGCACCUGCAGCGGCUCUUCUCCGAGGAGGACAUCGUGUCGUCCGACUUCUACAAGGACCGGCUGCAGUACACGAUCAGGGCCCUGCACGUGUCUUCGCCGCUGAGCUUCGUCUCGGCCAACCGGAGCCGCGGCGACCCCGUGGCGCGCCACCUGCGCAAGCUGUUCGCCGAGGAGGACAUCCGGCCGGUCUACAUCGGCUCCGACCACACCAGCUCGCGCCUGCUGGACUACGCCGAGGAGCACCCGAGGAUCUACAACUACCGGAUGCUCUUCGGCAUCGUCUUCAUGGCCAACAGCACGCCCACGCUGUGGUACAACGGCCAGUGCCCGCACGCGGCGCCGCUGCUGGUCAACCUGUACCACUCGGCGGUGCUGCGCAACAUCACGGACCAGCCGGCGGCGCGGUUCGUGCUCGUCAGCCACCCGUACAGCAACGAGACCGGCCGCCACCGGGGCGGCGCCGACGAGAAGCAGGACCUGCAGCAGCUGCUGCAGAGCAAGCUCUUCUUCGGCGGCGUGCCGCUCAGCGCCGACACGCUGGUCGUGGAGGUGCUCAUGGGCAUCUUCGUGCCACUCGCGCUGUGCUUCCACGCGGCCAGCUUCGUGGUGUUCCCCAUCACGGAGCUGUGCGGCGAGUUCAAGCGGCUGCAGCUCAUGACCGGCGUGUCCGGCAUCGUCUACUGGUUCAGCAACUUCGUCUUCGACACCGCGCUGGCCGCCGCCUGCGCCUUCGUCUUCGUGCCCACCAUCUGCUUCAGCCACCGAUACCUCAAGAGGCCCGAAUACAUCGGCGAGUACAGCACACACGCAGGCACCGCGCGCGCUCGCUUUGACGCGAGACAUGUAUAG